AGACGUCCUGAUCAUGGAGAAGAGAUUGGAAAGGUACUUCUAAAGUCCAUUUGGUGUCAUUUUUUUUUUUAAUUACAGAAUGACUUUCCGUUUCUGCCCUCAGUGCGGCACAAAGCUGCAGUCCGGUUUUAAAUUCUGUCCUUCAUGUGGGGAGAAAAUUCCUUGUACCACCGAGGCAUCUGCGCCGGAAGCCACCAAACCUCCAAAUUUCUCUCCCCCUAAAGGGGAUGAAGCCAUUAAAACAGGCCAUGCAUCCAGCAUGUGCUAUGAGGCAACAGACGUGAAUGAAAGUUUAGUUUCUCCUCGUCCUGCACUGCGUAAGACUCGUAACUCCCUCCGCCUGGACAGGGAAGUCAAAUUAAAUGAAAAAGAAGAUGCUCCUCCAGUGGCACAAGAUAACAGUAUGUCUUCACCAAAGCAAACUCCAGUCAAACGUGUCAAGAAGGCAGCAGCUGUUGGGGCUUCUCCCCCUCCCAUCUUAAAACCUCCCAGAUCUGGAAGGGGCAGAGGUACGCUCCUGCAACCUGUGGAGGAAGGAGAAAGAACGACAGAUGUCACGAUGAGGAACACAGAAGAAUCCACGGUGGACAGCUUGCCUCUGACUGUCUUCUCUCCUCUUUCCUCUCCUGCCUCCAAAUCUCCUUUCAAAGGCAGAGGACAGAACAAAGCGAAGAAGGUGGCUGCCGUGGAGCGACUCGAGGAUGGCGAGGAGCUGACAGACACGACAGGCAGGAAGUGGACGCUGGUCAAGCUGCUCAGUCAGAGCCUGACAGAGCUCGUGUAUGAAGUUGUGCACAAAGGGUCGUGGUCCUCCUCGAAGGAACCUGAUUAUAUCCUUAAACUGGGUGCUGAACGAGGAAGAAUUUACAAGGAGCAGAACUUUCUGCAGAGGGCUGCGAAGCCUUCAUCUGUGGCCAAGUGGAUCAAGCAACAUGACUUGGAUUUCCUUGGAAUUCCGUCCUGUCUCAGCUUCGGUCACACGGAUUCUUACAGGUUCCUGGUUUUCUCCGCCAUGGGCCAGUCGCUCCAGACUGUCAUGGACAACAGUCGUCUUCCCGAGAAGACGGUUCUUCAUCUUGCCUGCAGAAUACUGGACGUGCUACACUACAUCCAUUCCAACGAGUACGUGCACGCCGACAUCAAUGCCGAAAACGUCUACAUCCAAGCGGGAUGCCCGACGCAGAUAUAUUUGGUAGGAUACUACCACGCCUCACGCUACUGUCCCGGUGGACGCCACGUGGGAUAUCGCCAAGGCAUCCAAGAACCACACGAAGGAUCGCUCGAGUUCAUCAGCAUUGAUUCGCAUGCCGGAGCAGCUCCAUCGCGGCGCAGUGACCUGCAGUCUUUGGGCUACUGCAUGCUGCAGUGGCACACGGGCGCGCUGCCAUGGAGUGGCCUCACCGAUCCCGACCAGGUGGCUGACCUCAAACAGAGAUACAUGGACGACGUUCCAGCACUGUUGAGUCACUGCUUUGGCAGAAAUAAAGCUUCGAGUGCAAUUCAGAGCUACGUGAGCACAGUGUCAGAGCUGCAGUAUACGGAGCAGCCGGACUACUCGGAACUGAAAGCCAGGCUCGCCAUAGCCUUGUCGCACCUUGGAGGCUCAGUGGAAAAACCCCUCAGCUUUUAGCAAGGAACCGAAAAGAUGACCCAACACGAGUUGCAAAUAUUUCACUAUUAACCUGAAGAAUGACUGCAGAGAUAUAAUGAGGGUUUUAAAUCUCACUUCAGUAUUUAUUUUUAUAGCUUUUAUUGAGCUUUUAUUGCUGCUGCUAGGAAUGGUUAAACUAGUGGCGGGAUUGUGUUUUAAUUCGUAGCCUUCUCACCUUUAAGUGUGUUUAUGCAGGAAUAAAUUCCCGGUAAUUCAUGCCCAUAUAUGUGAUAUUCAUAUUGAAAUUUGACGUUUGCAUAUAACAUUGGCUAACUGUUUUUUUGUUUUUUUUUUGAGCUCUUCAUUUUGUUUUCUUUCUCUGAUUAUUUAUUGUUUAAAUUGUGAUGCUCAUGCUCUUCACAGGUUGCAUAUUAAUGCACUGCUUUUGACAGGAAUUCUUUGUAUAGUGACGUUUUUUUUUUUUAACGUCAGUUCAUUUCACCUUGUGUUGUCGACAAACGCUGCCUGAAAGCAAACAUGAAUUGACCGUUUUGUAGCAAAUUUUCAACUGAAAUAAACAUGGUUCUUUUGCAAA